UUCGCCACAAGCCAGGAACAAGUACCUCCCUCCUCAGUACAGCCCCCCGAUAACACGUUCUCGAAACAUCACGCCCAACCUUCCGUGCAGGCACGAACCUGUAACACCUCCGCGCAGCUUGCAUCACCCCGCAUCGAUACCUAGGCACACCCGCCGGAGCCUCGUAAACCACCUGAACAGCCUUGAACAGCUCCAAGAAGCUUUGAAGAAUAGACUGCACGUCGCAAUACCACAUCCACACCCCACGUCAAGAUGAGUAGCCCGAAACGAAGAAUUGAGACGGAUGUCAUGAAGCAAGAGUUCUUUGUACGAUUCAAGGGCCCGGAAGAGACACCGUUCCAGGGUGGACUAUGGAAGAUCCACGUCGAACUUCCCGACCAAUACCCUUACAAGAGUCCCAGCAUCGGAUUCGUGAAUCGCAUCUUCCAUCCCAAUAUCGACGAGCUGUCCGGUAGCGUCUGCCUUGACGUUAUUAAUCAAACAUGGUCACCGAUGUACGAGAUGGUCAACAUCUUCGAAGUCUUCCUUCCUCAGCUAUUGCGCUACCCCAACCCGACGGACCCAUUGAACGGCGAGGCUGCAGCUCUGAUGAUGAGAGAACCCAAGAGCUAUGAAGCCAAGGUCAAGGAAUAUGUGUCCAAGUAUGCGUCAAGAGAAGCCGCCGAGGAUGCAGGCGAGGACUCAGAUGACGACGACGAGAUGAGCAGUGUCGGCAGUUUCGACUCGGGCGACGAUGACGAACCCGCCGGUAACAUGGACGAGAUCUGAUCUGAACCACUUUUGCUGCAGUUCUUUCCAGGUCCGGAACCAUGGCAUGCUCAACCAACCGGCGUAAUAUGAUGGGAAACGAUUAGGGGCG